GAAACAGAGGCAUAAUAAUUUCAGCUCCCACAAUUUAACUGCACCUGUUACAAAAGAUUUCUUGUAGACAUGUUUUGUUUGUGGGAGUCUAGAACACAUUUCUGAAGGAGUCUGUGGUGUGGAGCAGCACUGAAGACUUGAGGCUAAGUUGGUGUCAAACAAGCAGCCGAAAAGACGAGAAGUCGAUGUGGCCCUUGUCAAGAGUGUGUUCCACAGGGUGCUUUCACACAGACAUGAAAGUGAUAUCAGUCUUUUCAUCUAAGUUAAACUACAGCAAACAUGCCUUGAACUGAUGGAGGAUGCAGUGUUAUCUUAUGAGUUCAGUGGGACAGGAAGAAGAUGAAAUGUCUUCUUUCCAAAGACAUAAGUCAUCAGAGAAAUAGAUAUAAUUGUCAUUAGUUAUUUUCUUUGACAAAAUUUUCUGAUACAACAAAAAAACGUUUUGAAUUGGAAAUGCUGCAUAAGGCUGAAGUGGACGUUCAUGGGUUUGUUUUACAUGUGAGGACUGAAAAUAGCUCCAUUGUGGAGUGUAUUGAAACUGAAAGGUUUUUAGCAUGUGUUCUCAAAAUAAUUUCGGACCGAGGCUAGAACAUUUGCUUAUCUGCAGUUACAUCUUCCACUGCUUCAUUUGCAUCCCCAGACCAAACAAUGCUAUGAUGCACAUUAAGCACAGUACAGACAUACAGCCAUAGAUGCAGUUUGUGCAUCUGCGUCACACCCUGUUUCCUCUUUUUCUGUGGUUAGCUGUUGUGUGACGAUACUUGCCAAAUUCAUUUCAGACUCUUUGCUGUACUCAUAUAAGUCCAUGUAGAGCAGGUUCCUCAAAAUUGUAGCCAACCGGCACCUGGAGAGGUGUCAUACUUGUCUGCAGCAAGUGCCGCUCAGGAAGCGAUCACACAUGUACAAAGUGUUGUUGCCAUGCCAAGUCUAGUCCCACCGCCACCAACGGAGCUGCAGCACUUCAACAAAAACAUGGAGAAUAAGAGAGGAGGAAACUUGAAGUUUCGGCUGCAUUGUAGAUCGUCUCAACCUGAGAACACUGAUGGGCUUUGUUUUGAAGAAAUUUCCCAGUGGUCACACUCACUGGAGAGACUUCUGUCAUCCAAAUAUGGCAUGAAGAUAUUCCAGGCCUUCUUGAAGUCAGAGUUCAGUGAUGAAAACAUUGAGUUCUGGCUGGUGUGUGAGGACUAUAGGAAGAUCAAGUCUUCCUUCAGGAUGUCCUCCAGAGCCAAAAAGAUCUUCAAACGCUACAUCCAAGCAGAGGCUCCAAGAGAGAUCAACAUUGAUCACAAGACCAGGGAUCUGAUCCGGCGGAACAUUAACGCAGCCACCCCACAGUGCUUCAGUGAUGCACAGAGGAUUGUCUAUGGGUUAAUGGAGAGGGACUCUUACCCACGUUUCCUCAGGUCUGACAUAUACCAGGCUCUGAUGGACUCCACUUCAGACCUGGAGAAGAUGUAAGGAAAACAGCUAAUGGGGCCAUUGAGUUUGUAGAAGCUGGACAGUGAAGCUGAGACCAAUGCUGGACGACUUGAGAAAGGCUUUGGUGCGUAUGUUCUGGGACCACGGCUGGUGAUUCAAACCAAACGCAUCCAUUUUCAGCACCUUCACGUCUUCCUUUGCAGUUGGGAAAGUCGUGUUUUGAGGUUGCACCUGUUGUGAUAUAUAGCGCCUGUAGAGCACAAGAAAUGAUUUCAUAGAGAUGCCGCGAUUACACAGUAUGAAAAACUGUUAGGGACUUUCUGUGAGCGAUGCCAGGAAGUAUAAGUGGUGCACAUCACCUUCCAUUCACAGACUCAAGAGCUGGUAUCAUAUUAGAACGUUGCUGUUACCUUAUAAAAGCAAUAGAUGUCAUUUAGAUGUGGAUUAUUUAUUUGUUAAAUGCUGACACUGAUGCCAAGAUGUUACGACCAUAAACUGUUAUAAGCUGUAUUCCCACCGUGUGUACAAACUGGGACUGUUAGGACUGAUAAAUGUACAUUUUAUCUUAUAAAAGGAAUUGUUUUAAAUGUUAAUUGUAAGUGAUAGCUACAAACUAGGUCUGGAUACUGUAAACCUCUCUCUAGGCACACUUAAAAUAAAGUCACUUAGUUAUACUUCA